CCUCCAGAGCAGCAUAUGUUCUGAGCCACGUUUUAGUGGCGCUCAUAAGAAACAAGCGCACAUUCAACAGGUUAACCGAGACCCAGCGGAUACUCUCCUUUAUUCAGCACGUCACUAAAGGAAAACAAAAAAAAAAACUAAAGCAGAUACCUGUCAUUCGUGAAGGUGGUCCCCGGAUUCAUGAUCUGAUUUUUUUUUUACUUUGUAUUUUUGGUUCUUAGAAAGCUUGUCUGUCUGGAGCGCCUUUUUAAUCAUGGCGUUUAAAUGCACCGUUUUGGCGCACCUGCUACUCUUUUCGAUCAUAUGUGUGCUUGGCCAUGAAGUGUCAGACUUUGUGUUGGAUGUGCCGCUUGAUGAAGUCAGUGACAGCACGGAAACGGACAGAGUUUCACAGCAUAUGUUCAAACUCUACGAGAAAUACAGCAGAGAGUCGAACUGGCCAAAAAACACAAAUACUGUGAGAAGUUUUAAAGCCAAGCCUGAAAGCUUGGAACAACGCGUUUUGUAUCACCUAAAUCUAACGUUGCUUCAAGAUUCUGAGACCGUUCUCACCUCCACGCUUCAUUUCUUUUUUGACAAACGGCCACGUCAGAGGUCCUGGUUCUGCAAGCGCUUUCGCAGUCCUUCCUGUCGCAUCCAGAACCAUCACUUCUUGCCUUCAUUUCAUCUUUUAUUCCGAAGUUAUUCCUCUGAUUCACCUUCGGGCUCAUUGCUUGGGAACAUCACUUUUUACCCACACAGUAGAGGGAUAUGGCAAAUAAAAGAUGUGUCUCAAAUCAUAAAGGAAGUGAGACUCAGGGAGCAGGCUGUGAUAACGCUGGAGUUUGACUAUGGCAAAAAAUAUCAGAGGUAUCAGGAGCAUUUGUCAACCUUCAAAAUGCCAUACAUGCUAGUGUAUGCCAAUGACCAAGCCAUUUCAGAGCCUAACAGUGUGGCCAUGAGCUUACAGAGGUAUGACCCCUUCCCUGCAGAUGAGAAGACCACUCCGUCUUCAAACACUUCACCUGAUAUGCGGGUUAAAAGAGACUUGUAUUUUCCUGAUCCUAUGCAGAACAAUGAGCUCCCUGAAGUGGAGUAUAACAGCUUCAAGGAGCAUGAUAAGUGGGAAAGCACUUAUCUAUCACUGAAGCCAAAGCCUUCUAAAAAGGAGCCGAGAAAGAAAGACCAGGGGCAUGGUGAUGGACUGAACAAGUUACAGGUUCUCAGCUUUGAUGAGAAAACCAUGAAGAAAGCACGGAGGAGACAGUGGAGAGAACCUCGUGUCUGUUCCAGGAGGUACCUCAAAGUGGAUUUUGCAGAUAUUGGCUGGAGUGAAUGGAUCUUGUCCCCUAAAUCCUUUGACGCCUACUACUGUGCAGGAACGUGUGAAUUUCCCAUACCUAAGGUUGUUCGUCCAUCCAACCAUGCAACCAUUCAGAGUAUAGUGAAGACGGUUGGUAUCAUUCCAGGCAUCCCGGAGCCCUGCUGUGUACCUGAGAAAAUGAACCCUCUCAGUGUCCUCUUCCUAGAUGAAGCCAAAAACAUUGUAUUAAAGAACUACCCCGACAUGUCAGUGGAGACCUGCUCCUGUCGAUAGACUCAGUGGUCAGUGGGAUAACCACAUAUAUAGAAACACGGUCAUGUGUUGUGGUUACAACACCAAAACAAAAUGUGAAGAGGCAUAUUGUCUGUAGUUGCCACAUACUGUACAGUACCCACUGCAAAGCUAUAAUGUUAUAAGGUCUUUACAUGCUCAUUCAAUCCUGAUUUACAGUUUUCUCUAUAAUGAGGAUUUUUUUUAUAUAUCUAUAAUGCUGAACAUUGUCUCUAAGCAAAAAAAAAGUGUAAAUUUAUCAAGAGAUUGGUUCGAUAGUUAUUGCAUUGCUGCUUUAUGUACGAAAUAGAGUUAUUAUUUUUGAUGAUAAACAGUAAAGAUUUUGUCAAAACACUAUGUAGAGAUAUCCAGGUGGAAGCAGAGAUUAUUUAAAUUAUGCUUGGUUUAAAAUGUUCAUAGUAGGAAACAGUCUAGCACUUCUAUUGUGCAACCAGACCAAGCACCAGGUAGUCUCAGUGCUUGGCAUUUAAGUUACUUUAAAUAGUGUAUAAACAUGUACUGCCUUCUGAACUGAGUUUUUGUUUUCACAAUAUGUAUCGUAUAACAUCAGCAGACACUCCACAGCUGGAGAUUCAGUUUUAAAACUAAUAAUGAGGCUUUGAAACCAGGCUUUGGUUUCAAGACUGUUAAGCAAUGAGCUAACAAUAAGCCACUCAUAUUUAAAAGUUUUCCUUGGAAUAUUUCCAAGUGGUUGUGUGUCAGAAGUAGACUACUCACCAAGGUCACCAAUGUGUUAAAUCAUCCUCAGACAGCUUGUGUUACUUUUAGAGAUGUAAUCAGGAGUUCAGAGACGCUGAAGGGGAUUACGAUUAUGAAUGGGAGUGUAUUAUCUACUACAUAACAGUAUUUAAUAAUUGACCUAAGUGUGAAAUAUUUGGGGUAAAUGUGUUUGUAUACAAAAUUUACAAUGUAAGGUCAAUGUUUCAAUAUGAUAUGUGUUAGAAAAUGUAUUUUUGUACAUGUAUUUGUUUUUAAAUUAUGAACUGAAAUUAUUAGUUAUAUGUAUAGUGAUUAUAUAGAAUUUAAAAAGAAAAUCCAAACUAAUUGUAAGAGUCUUGAUUUUGUAACAGCAUAUCGAUGUUUUAAAAGCAGGUUCUACUGAAAGGCUUUUGUUGUAAAGAUCUCUGAAUAACAUGUGAAGCGGGUGAACAUUGAUUGGGCUCUGAAAGCAGCUUUCUCCACUUCAACAUCAAAGAAGAGGAUAGAUGAGUCUUCACUUUGCCUAGUCGUCAUUUCAAACCCACUUCAAGAGCCACCGGGCCUUUGAGAGCAGGAUGUUAACAUUUUUCUCACAACAAAUGAUGUCACUCUUUUCAAACACACUCAAGACAUUGUCAUCCACAGCAGACCAGAAAUGCUAAUGAUUUAUUUGAACAUUAACCAGCUAGUCUGUGCUAUGACUUUUAAAAAAAUGUUAGAUGAAUUAGUUUUUUCCCCUUGUCAGUAGUUGUGGUUGAUUUGUUUUCCCAAAAUUAUUCAAUAUGUGGUAAUAUUUAUAUAAUGUCUCUGAUUCUUAUGAAUGCAUUUUCCAGAUUUAUGACUUAUUUGUUAGCAAGUUUAAGAUGCAUUGCUCUCUAAAUGCAGGCAAAUAAUUUUGGAAACAUUUUGUAUGAUAUAUGCAAUACAAAUAAUAACUGUCAGAAGACGGUGAAUGAAUUCAUUUAAUGAAUAUGAUUUUAUUAUUCAUAAGUUCAUAUAGUUGGGUUAGAAAUUAGGAUGUCAAUAGCUUAUUUUAUGAAAUCAAACAUUUGUUAAAAUGAAUUGCAUAUAUUGUUUUGUGCUUUGAGUGUUCAAAUUUCUUAAUCUAAUCAUAUUCCUACUCCCAGCAACCACUAUCUUUUAAAACACUUAAAAUCCGUGGCAAAAUUCGAAAUGAUCCUCAAGAGGGAAUCCCCAGUUUCAGGUUCUGCUGGGAAGUACUAGGUAGUUGUGAAGGCAGGUAUUUAGAUUUUCAAAUAAGGACAAGUCAGUGAGGACUGUUCCUGUAAGUACAAGUGUUACAUAUGAAUGGACAUUUUGAAUACAGCUGAAACAAAUCGUUCCUCAUCUUAUUAGCAUCUAAUGCAGCUCGAUCACUAAUUAUGACAGUAUUAUGCUGGAAUUAUUCUCAUAAAUUGACCACAGGCAGCAUUGAGAACUUUGCAGAGGAUGACUACAGAGUUUGACUUUCUCAUAAGCUCUCUCUCUCUCUAGACUCUUCAAAAUGUAGUAGAGAGAGCCCUCCACAGGAUUACCAGUGUAUGUGUGUUUGAGGUCAUAAU